CGAGCAAGCGCAAUAAAGACAGCAUGGCGCCCGACAGGGGCUUGCCCGACAAUCACGACGACAUGGACGCNUCCCCGGACGCUGCUUCGAUCCUCUCGUCGCGUGCCCAGCAGCCGCAGAACUUCACCCUCCGCUCGCUGCUCCUCGGACUGGCCAUCGGCACUGUCAUCUGCUUCUCCAACACGUACUUUGGCCUGCAGACAGGAUGGGUCUCGAGCAUGGCCAUGCCGAGCGCUCUGCUGGGCUUUGCCUGGUUCAAGGCCGUCUCGAGGACCUUAUCUUAUCCCUUCACACCCGUCGAGAAUGUCCUGGUUCAAUCUGUCGCUGGCUCUGUAGGUACGAUGCCUCUGGGUUGUGGCUUUGUUGGUGUCAUUCCGGCUCUCGAGUACCUACUCAAGCCCAAUGAGACCCAGGGUGAAGGCACUGGUGUCCAUCUGUCGCUGCUCAAACUUAUAGUCUGGGCCGUGGGUAUCUGCUUCUUCGGCGUCGUCUUUGCCGUGCCAUUGCGAAGGCAAGUCAUCAUCCGUGAGAAGCUCAAGUUUCCNUCUGGUACAGCCACUGCCCUCAUGAUUGGGGUACUCCACGGAGGCGAGAAAGAUGCCAGGAUUGUUGAUAUGGACAACGAGAACGAACACCACGGCAGCAGCCACGGACAAGUCGAAGAGGAGGAACAGAGGCUCAUCGCGAGCGCACCAACACAUCGUCGGAGACAACAACAAUCCGCUGCAUCCGAGUCUGAUGAUGUCGAGGCUUUGGACAAGGACAAUCAUGCCGAUUGGAGAGCCAGAAUCAAGCUCCUGACUAUUUCAUUUGGUAUCUCUGCCAUCUAUGUACGUAUCCACUGCAGUCAUCAACUUCUGAUAUCUUUGCAACAAUCUAUGAAGUCUAUUCGUGAGCUCAUGUGUAUUCUCAGNACCCUCUUGUCCUACUUUGUUCCUCAUAUUCGCGACAUUCCUUUCUUGGGCAUGUACCUAGCAAAAGAAUGGCUCUGGACACUCAACCCUUCGCCUGCUUACAUUGGCCAAGGUAUAAUCAUGGGCCCUGCCACCACCCUACACAUGCUUCUAGGUGCCAUCCUUGGUUGGGGCAUUCUAUCUCCCCUCUCAAAAGCCAGAGGGUGGGCACCAGGUGCUGUAGAUGAUUGGGAGAAAGGCAGCAAAGGCUGGAUCGUAUGGGUCAGUCUCGCCAUCAUGCUUGCAGACUCAAUCGUUAGCCUCGGCUGGUUGGUUCUGCGUCCAACAAUACAGCUUGCUCGAGUCUUUGGUCCACGAGCAAAGGACAGCGUCGCUCGUGGUACCUGGAAAGAGGACCUUCGCAACUUUGCUCACCCUCACAUGCGAGGUUACAGCCCAGUCAAUCUCAACGAGCCUGAUCACGACUCACCCGAAGCCGACGGUUUGAUCUCUGGAGCCACGCAAUCAAGGAAGACUGCUCAGGACGCACCAGAGCCCGAUGCCCCACCUGAGCAUCUGAUCAGCAACAAGGUCACCUUGAUUGGCCUCGUUCUAUCUUUGGCUGCUUGCGCGGGUGCAGUCCAUUUCGCUUUUGCAAACCUCAUCCCUUUCGCUCUUACCCUUCUGGCACUAGUGCUCGCUCUUCUGCUGUCGAUCAUGGGCGUCCGCGCCUUGGGAGAGACAGAUCUGAACCCUGUAUCUGGCAUCUCGAAGCUAACACAGUUGUUCUUUGCUCUGGUCACUCCCUCAGGCUCGCCUAAUGCGGUAAUUGUCAACCUUAUCGCCGGCGCCAUUAGUGAGUCCGGCGCACUGCAAGCGGGAGAUCUUCUCCAAGAUCUCAAAACCGGGCAUCUGCUCGGCGCAAGCCCGAAAGCGCAAUUCUGGGGCCAAAUUAUUGGAAGUGCUUUUGGUGCUGUGAUCAGUGCUUGUAUCUACAAGCUUUAUACCCGGGUCUAUGAAGUCCCUGGAGGCAUGUUCCAGGUACCCACGGCUUAUGUUUGGGUAUUCACCGCACGUCUUGUCACUGGACAGGGUUUACCUCCCAUGGUAGGCGAAUGGGCAGCAGGAGCGGCCGCAGUGUUCGCCGUCUUGACAGCGUUGCGGAUCUACGGCAAUUCGACAGGAGCAAAGUGGACUCCCUUUGUUCCCGGAGGAAUCGCCGUCGCGGUCGGCAUGUACAAUACCCCAUCUUUCACCAUGGCACGGACGAUCGGUGGAUUGGUAAACUGGUACUGGCGCAACUGGCGCAAGGAGUCGGAAACGCCAAUUAUCAUUCUGGCCAGUGGACUUAUCCUAGGCGAAGGACUGUUUAGUAUCGUCAAUCUUGGUCUAGCAUCUCUACAGGUACCGCACUUG